UGCCCCUGUUAUAGAAGGAAUAAAAGCCCUGAAUAAUAAACAUUUCAAUGCCAAUAUUAUCGGACAUAGUAAACCAGAAGGUGGCUGCUAAUGGUUGUCAUUGAAUUUUACAUUUCCAAUUCUGGUGGGGAAAAAAGCAUAGAAAUAUGAUUUAUUUGAUCAUCUGACAAAGGUUUGAAAUUUAUUGAAGCUUCCUCGUGAUAAAUUAAUGAAAAUAAUUAAAUACUGGCUUAUGACUACGCUGUCUUUCAAAUACCGGCUUAUGUGCGCCAUAUACACUACUACCCUAAAACGGUACUGUUCCCAAUAGAAAAUAAACAUUAAAAUACCCAAUUUCCAAUGUUUAAAUUCCCAAAAUGGCUGUUCAAAAUUGCCACAUGGCCAAGAAAUUCAUCUGAAAUCAUUUUAAUCCAACAUAUUCAUAUAAAUCACUACUUCAUAGUUCUACCUUGACAGUGGAAGCUGUUAGCUAUCUUUAUUCAUGACGAUUAAAUCUUAUUUAUAGAUGAAAAAAUGCAUUAAAAAAUAUUCCCAAUAUAAGUCAAAAUAACACAUUUUUUCCCAAUCAGUCUGGUACAGGCACCAUUCCAAAAGUAGAGAAAAAAACGCUGCACGGUCAGAGGGCUUAACGAUUUAAAGAAGAUUAAACCCUCACCCUGUCAAUAGUUUCUUUCUUUUACUUUCAUAGAUCAUGAGGACUAGAAGUAGAAGUAGAAGAGGUAAAAAAAAAGAAGACUUAAGCUGUGCAGAGGAGGGAAUGCUGCAGGUCAAAUAUAUAAAUAGCUAUAUUGGUUCAGGAGUGUUUGCACUGAGCGACAUAGAAAAGGGCAGACUUAUAGUCCUAUAUGAGGGAGAACUGAUAACCAAAGAAGAAGGUGAAAGGAGACAUGCAACAUAUUCAACACAAGAUGGCUCCUUCCUCUUCUUCUUCUCCCACAAAGGGAACAAAUUAUGUAUUGAUGCAACACAUGCUACAGGAAUGGGACGCAUGAUUAAUGACAACCAUAAAAAACCAAAUUGCAAAGUUGUGGUUGAGGAAAAAGAUGGCGUUCCUGCACUGUCAAUCUACAGCAUCAGGCCUAUAUUCAGAGGACAGGAACUUUGUUUUGAUUACAAAGACUCAUCAGCACACUGGAGAAAGAAUCUUCAAAUGAGACACCUGAACUUGUGGUUUGUUCAAGGGCUGGGGAAGAUUUGGGCAGAUUUCCAUUGGUAAAUCCAUAUUGUUUGAUAGGAAGUUCUAGAAGCUGUGAUGUAAUUGUAUCCUUGCCUUGUGUGAGACCUGUCCAUUGUCAACUUGAAGUUAACGAGGGAAAAGUGAUGUUAACAGACUUCAGUUGUGGUAGUAGUGAGAGACUUUUGAAUUGGGGAGAGGAAUUCACCAUUCUUGACAGGACUUUCCGUCUAGAGAAAUGGAAGGCAUCAGAGAAAGAUGAGGGUUGCUUGGCUACCAGUGAUGAGGGAGGUCUGGCAACAAGCAAUGAGCAUAAUCUCAAGCUCAUAAACAGACAGGAGGAAGACAUAGAUGCACUGGAAAUAGAAGGCAAAGAGGAGGCAUCAGAGAUAGAUGAGAGAGGCAUGGCAGCUGGUGAUGAGAGAGGCAUGGCCACUGGUGAUGAGGAAGGCAUAGCAAUUGGCGAUGAGGGAGGUCUGGCAACAAACAAUGAGCAUAAUCUCAAGCUCAUUUACAGACAGGAGGAAGACAUAGAUGCACUGGAAAUAGAAGGCAAAGAGGAGGCAUCAGAGAUAGAUGAGAGAGGCAUGGCAGCUGGUGAUGAGAGAGGUCUGGCAACAAGCAAUGAGCAUAACCUCAAGCUCAUUAACAGAACGGAGGAAGAAAUAGAUGCACUGGAAAUAGAAGGCAAAGAGAAGGCAUCAGAGAUAGAUGAGAGAGGCAUGGCAGCUGGUGAUGAGAGAGGUCUGGCCACUGGUGAUGAGGAAGGCAUAGCAAUUGGCGAUGAGGGAGGUCUGGCAACAAACAAUGAGCAUAAUCUCAAGCUCAUUAACAGACAGGAGGAAGACAUAGAUGCACUGGAAAUAGAAGGCAAAGAGGAGGCAUCAGAGAUAGAUAAGGGUGGCAUUGCAGCCAGUGAUGAGCAAGGCAUGGCAACAGGUGAUGAAGGAGGAGUGGCAAUUGGCGAUGAGGAAGGUCUGGCAACCAGCGAUGAGGAAGACAUGGCAAUUAGUGAUGAAAAUAAUAUUGAGGACAUAGAAUUGCAGGAGGAAGACAGAGAUGCACUUGAAGUGGAAAGCACAGAGGAGGAUUACGAUGGUGAUGACAAUGACGACGUAAAUGAUUCGGAUUAUGUUGCUGAGUCUGAUGAGGGAGAUUCCACUGAUGAAGAUUUGUCAGCGGGAGAAGAUGAAGCAAACGUAAGUGAAAUUAUUCCAGUAAUGAGGACUGUCAGCACAUGUAUAAAAACAUUACAAGUAACGAAAUCAAAUAAAAAUUCAAAAGGAAAUUUAGGCAACAAGUCACAUGCGUGUUUGUUUUGUUAUAAAUUGGACCAGAAUAUUGCAAGGCAUUAUGGAACUUCCCACAGUAAUGAAUUGGAAGUUGGAAGAGUUCUUGCCUUAAAAGCCAAAAGCAAGAAAAGAAGAAAAGCUUGGGAAAUGCUAGUGAACAAAGGGGACUUUGCCCAUAAUUUUGCUGUGCUUGAGAAAGGGCAUGGACAGAUAAUUCCGAAAUACAGGAAGGCAGAAGAAAGUGAAAUAAGCAGUCUGCUCCCAUGUCAAUUCUGUUCAGGUUUUUAUAAGAAAAAAGAGCUUUGGAAACACCAAAAGUCAUGCAAUAAAAAAAGAAAUGAAUGUAACUCUGAUAUAAGAAUGGGUCCAAUUGCAGCUGGAAAGAAGAUGCUUCCAAAAUUAAGUAAAAAUGAAAAAUUUGAGACUAACAUUCUCAACAUAAUGAGAGACGAUUCUGUGAAAGAAGCUGUUGUGUCAGAUUCAUUGAUUUUACAGUUCGGUAUGAGUGAAUUCGAAAAGCAAGGAGUAGAACACAAAACUGUGUACACCUCAAACAAAAUGAGGGAAUUAGGUCGCCUUCUAAUAACUUUGAGAUCUAGAAACAUAAAGUCCAUUGAUGAAUGUAUGAAAGCCAGCAAUUGGGAUAUUUUUAUUGAAUGUGUCAAGGAAGUAAGCCAGUUUGACAAUAACACAUUUGGGAUCCCUUCAUUAGCCUUAAAUCUCGGCUAUAGAAUGAAAAGCGUUGCAGAAGAGGCAUACUUUCAAGCUUUGAAAUUAGAAGACCAAGCUCAAAAGGACAAAUAUGAGUCAUUCUUGAAAAUGUACAAGUUAAAAUGGAAAUCUAGCAUAUCCUCACAGGCUUUACGCAGUCUUGAAAGCAUAAAGUAUAAUAAGCCAAAGUACCUACCCCUAGUUGAAGAUGUUGUUCUGCUUAACAAGUUUCUAAAAAAAAAAGCAGCUGCUUUUAUGCAGACAGAAAAUAAAGAACAAUUGUCUGAACAAUACCCUGAGUUUGCCAAAGUCUGUUUGGCCCACAUAAUAUUAUUCAAUAGAAAAAGGAGUGGGGAAGCUCAAAGAAUGACUGUGCAACAGUAUAAAAUGGCAAAGAAGGGUGGCAGAGUUGAUCCAGUUGUCAUGAGUGUUUUGACAGAGCUUGAGAAAAAGCUUUGCCAGACGCACCUUCGAGUUGAAAUUAGGGGCAAAAAGGGACGAAAAGUACCUGUGCUGUUCACAAAGGAUAUGCAACAAAAUAUUGAAAUGCUGCUGAAAAUGAGAUCAGCUGCAGGGGUAUCUGAUGAUGGCCUAUUAUUUGCCACACCACAAAAUGAAAAGAAUCCAUACAGAGGCACAGAUGCAUUAAGGAAAAUGGCCAAAAGUUGUGGAAUGGAGGAUCCAUCUUUGAUCACAUCAACUAACCUUCGAAAGCAACUUGCAACCUUGGCUCAAAUAUUGAACUUGAAAGAAAAUUCUCAAGAUCUGCUAGCGACAUUCCAGGGCCACGAUAUCAGAAUUCACCGGGAGUACUAUCGCCUUCCUGAAAAUGUACUACAAGUUGCAAAAAUGUCAAAAGUUCUCAGAUGCAUCAACAACGGAACCAUUAAUAAAUUCAGUGGGUGUGACUUUGAGGACAUUACCUUCAAUCCAGAUGAGGCUGUGGAGUCUGACUCAAGUGACAGUGAAGAUGACAAUGAUUCUUGUGAAGAUUAUUCAGAUAUCAAAGAAGGCAAAAAGGAAAACCAGGAUACUGGAAAUGUUGCAAGGACACAGAAGAGGCACAGACAAGAUGAUUCUACUGAGAAUGCACAGUCAAAAAUCAGGAAGGAGGAACCAAAGAAAAAAACUAAGAUAACCACAGAUAAACACACUUGGAGCAAUGAAGAGAAAGAAGCAUUGAAGUCUUUCUUUGAAAGACAUUUAAGAAUAUCAAAAGUACCAGGAAAGCUUGACUGCAUUAACGCACAGAGAAAGCAUAGAUGCCUUUUAAACAUAAACUGGAAAAAAAUAAAAUUUGCUGUUUAUAAUAUGUUAAAAGCAAGGAAAAAUUUGUUACAGUAAUUGGGAUGAAACAUGCUUAGGGGUGGUAUAUAGGAGUCCAGCUUGUCGGUCAAUCCAUUUCAUGGUUUCCGAACGAUAACUAGAGUUUGGAAUGAGUAAUUGUAAUCAAACUUAUAUGAGCCGCAUCAUGACAAAAUCAACAUAAUGGAUUUGUGACCAGCAUGGAUCCAGACCAGCCUGCGCAUCCGCGCAGUCUGAUCAGGAUCCAUGCUGUUCGCUUACCAACUUUAUUACAAGUGGAGAAACUGACAGUGAACAGCAUGGAUCCUGAUCAGACUGCGCGGAUGCGCAGGCUGGUCUGGAUCCAUGCUGGUCGCAAACCCAUUAUGUUGGUUUUGUCAUGACACGGCUCAUAUAUUGGCUACCUUAUGUAGAAACCCCGGUUCGCAUUUGGACCCCCUGGGGUCAAGGUCACUGUUACAAAAAAAGAAAAAUGGUUCCAAGACAAAAAUUGGAGUUGGGAAUGAGAAAUUGUUAUGAAACUUGGUGUAUAGCAAGCUUAUGUGAAGACCCUGGUUAGUAUUGCAUUUGGACCCCCUUGGGUAAAAGUCAUGGUCACUGUUACUUAAAUUAGAAAAAUAUUUUUUUUUUACAAUAACUUAGAUAAAGGAGUAAGAUAUUGUAAUCAAACUUGAUGUAUAGAAAGUUUAUAUGAAGAUCCUGGCUGGGAUUACAAUUAAUUAGAUACUUCUUUGUACACAGUUGAUACUUCAUUUACUAUAGGUUGAGUUUAAGUUUUUCUUCAGACUAAUUUUUCAAAAAGUCUAAGUUGCUGGUGGGGGUAUCACCUUCAGCAGUAGGUCUUGUUUGUUUGGGGUUUUUUUCCUAAAAAAACAAGCUCUAGUUGAUAAUGUAGUGAUUUUUUUAUUCUCAUGCUGCCUUAUUGCUAUGUAGUGUUAUAUUUAUUGUCUUGCUGUUCGAUUUAUUAUUGAAUGGCAUUUAGCUUAAUUGAAAAAUAGUGGUUGUGAUGUUACUUGAGUAGCAUGAUUUUCAUACUGAUUGACAUUAGGUCUCGACAUUUUGUUUCUCUUAAAUGCUUUAUGGAAAGAAAAAGUGUUUGAUUUUAAUUGUGAAAUUACUUCUUAAUAGUGUAGCUAAAUAAUGCCAAAUUUAAUGCCAAAUAUGAUACUAGAUAUUUUCAAAGUUAAAUAAAAUAAAAACUACUUGGUAAAAGUUCUACUCGGGGCCCUGUUAGUGACUGAAGUAAUCUGGAUAGUGCUGGAGAGUCUCCAAAUGACCUUUACCAUAAAACCCUAAACAAACAAAACAGCUCAAUGUGGUAAAUGUUAGGGAUAUUUUGAAUAAGGUUUUUACAUAGGGAAAUAAUAAAAUUAUUGUUUAAAGUGGAUGGUGUAGGGUAAUACUUUUUUACAUAAAAACAUUUUGAUUAGAAUCAAUCAUUUUGCUCAUUUAAUUUGUUACCUGAAUGUUAUUAUUUGUUUCUUAAGAAUGAUCACUAGACAAACACUUUUCAUAUUGAUGAUAUAGAUUGUUUAGAGUUUCCUCAUUUCUGAAAGAGCUCUUCCAAUAGCAAAGUUUUAAGUUUAGGAAAAUGACCAUAACUCAUAAACCACACAGUAAAUUUUGUUUACAUUUUGCAUACAGAUGACCUUUAAGGCAUAUAACUGUCCUUUAUUGUUAAUUUUACAGUUCCUUAUAGUACUGAUUAGGGGUAUUCAACCUUAAAUGUACAUAUAUAUACAGUCCAUUCUAAAUCUCUUUAGAUAAAGAAGUUCUUCAACCACUUUAAUUUAAGUCACUAAACUUUUGCUUAUGCAAAUUAAAGAGAGUAAAUAAUUUGCUUUAUUGAUUUAGGUAGAAACUGAUUCAAAGUACUUUAUUUAAUUUGAAUAUGACAUUGUUUGGGAUAUGGGACAAACUUAAAUUUCAGAUACUGAAAUGUUUUUAAAAAGAUGGAACAUCUGUUUUUCUGGAAGGCUUACCACCUGCUAAAAUAGUUAGUGUUUAGGCGUGGACAUAGUGGUCCUAUUUUGCUUUUCGGAGAACAGUUCUGAUUAUUAUUUAGUAUGACUUAAAUGACAUUAAUACCCAUACCUUUGUUUGCAAUACUUAUGCUGAUCUGUUCUAAGUGAAUAGAUGCAACCAGAGCAGUGCCCUAGUAUGAACAGAUUGUGAAGCAUGUCCAACUUGCAUAUCAACAUUGAAAAAGUAUGUGCUCAUGACCAAGUUUAUCCUAUCUUAAGCUUGAAACAGCAUAUACCAAGAUGCUAUUAACUUCCAUUAUCCAUGUAUUAUGCAAUGUAUGAUUUCUUUGUUACUUAUUAAACUUAGACUGUAAUGGUAAAUGAUUAUAUUUUAUCGAUUAAUAUCCUUUGUAAUUUACUGAGUUGUUGUUGUAAAAUAUGUUUUUCAAUGUUAGCUGAUCCAUUUUUUAAUGAAAUUCAUUUUAUUGAUUAAAUUUGUUAUUUGAUCUAAAUAUAGCUGCAAUCUCAUUGGUCCAAACAGUAGUCAACAGAACUUUUUAUAGAAUUAUAUUCACUGGGUGUAGGAUGAAUUGGAUUUUUCCAGUCUAAAAAUAGAUUGAGACUCCUAUUCAAUGAACAUAUAUCGUAGACUAUUAUGCAUGCUUAUGAAAGAAAUGAUUGUUGCAUUUUGUUCUUAAUGGUUUAUUUCUUGAAUAAAAUAUCAUUACUGUACUAUUAUACUUCAAAGUUGCACUGCAAUGAUAAGUAUAAACUUGAAUUACUUUUGUCUAGUUGUUGCACACUUUACUCCAGUGCUUCGACGAAACGGGCAAAAGUUGUACAUGUAUAAGGUUGUAUUUUUUGUGAUUUGUUUUAAUUUUUGUAACCUAUUCUAUAAUAAAACAAUUUUUGACUAGUGUGCUAUGAAUAUGAUGUAAUAUUCACCGGCAGAAAGUCAUAUUGACCUCGGUUGAUAUGUCAUAUGCCGGUGAACAACACGUCAUAUACAAUGACACACUAGUUAAUAAUUGUAUAAUAGCUCCUUACAUAGUUUUAAACGCAAUUAACAGUAUGCCAGAUGAAAUCAACUGUUAACUGUUUUAUUCUGUAUACACUAAAGAAACAAAAUAAUUAUUUACAUUAUAAAUUAUUUCUCUGAAUAUUUUUUUCGCUCACCAGCUGUGAUCACAAAGUGACAUGGUGAGCUUUUAUGAUUGCUUUUUGUCCUGCGUCUGUCUGUAAACUUUUACUUUAGAUGACAUCUUCUCAUAAACCUCUAAACCAAUUUCAUCCAAACUUCAAAGGAAUCAACUUUUGGUAGUCAACUUUAAAAGAAUUUAAUUCCAAGCAGACCUCUGGUUGCCAUGGCCUUUUUUUUAGAAAACCAAAAGAGCUAGAGCUUAAAUACUUGGCAUGAAACAUCAGCUAGUCAGUGUCUACCAAGUUUGUUCAAAUGAAUUCUGUGGGGUCAAAGUUGGUCCCGCACGGGGGGGGGUAUGGUCAUUGAUUUUCCUCAUUUGUAUAUUAAUAUAAACCUUAAAAAAUCUUCUUUUAAAAACCCCAAAUAGCUAAAGCUUAGAUGUUAAGCAUGAAACAUCUUCUAGUGGGUUUCUACCAAGUUUGUUAUAAUAAAAGCCCUGGGGUAAAAAUGGUCCCACCCUAGGUGGUCAUUGAUUUUCCUUAUAUGUAUUUAGUAAAAUUAGAUAAUAAGCAUGAGACAUGUAGUGGGUGUCUACCAAGUUUGUUCAAAUAAUAGCCCGGGGGUAAAAAUUGAUGCUCUAGGGGGCCAUUGUUUUUCCCUUUAUAUAUAUAGUAAAAAACCUAAUAAAUCUACUUUUGAAUAACCCUAAAGAGCUAGAGCUAAGAUAUAUAGCAUGAAACAUCUUCUAAGUGAUGUCUACCAAGUUUGCUCAAAUAAGGGCCCUGGGGUUAAAAUUGGCCCCGCCCUGGGGGUCAUUGAUUUUCCUUAAAUUUGUAUAGUAAAAGCUUAAAAAAUCUUUAAAAAAAACCCAAAGAGCUAGAGUUUAGAUACUAAGCAUGAAAUAUCUUCUAGGGAGUAUCUACCAAGUUUGUUAAACUAAAAGCCCUGGUGUCAAAAUUGGCCCCUCCCAGGGGGUGUCAUUGUUUUUCCCUAUAUGUAUAUAGUAAAAACUUAAAAAAAUCUUCUUAAAAAAACCCUUAAGAGCUAGAGCUUAGAUAUUUAUCAUGAACAUCUUCUAAUGAAUGUUUACCAAGUUUGUUCAAAUAAAAGCUCCUGGUUUCAAAUUGGCCUUGGCCCAGGGGCCUAUAUACAGGUUAGCGAUUUCAGGGCCAUCAUAGCCCUCUUGUCUUGGAUUAAUGUCCGUAUUCCUUCGUGAUCUAUAUACAUAUAUUUUCAAUGUGGGAAAUGAUGUUAGUGUGACUGUUGGUUAUGUGUGCCCCUAAAGGCUGUUGAAAUUUUAGUCUAUCAGUGAAAUGAAAAUAUUAAAAGUGCAGGUGUCAAUUGUUUAAACUCUUACUUGCAUAUAUCUAGACAAUAAAGGUUCUGAUUCUAG